GUGGGGCGGGUGUCAGGAAGAUGGCGGAGUCUGACGGCGGGGAGUUGGGGUCCGGGCCCGGGCCGAGGAGCAGUAUGGCUGAUAAGAACGGUGGCCUGAGAUGCACGUUCUCUGCCCCGGGUCACAGCGCCGCUCUCCUCCGCGGCCUGGCCGCGCUCCGAGCACAGGGACAGCUGCUGGACGUCGUUCUGAUGGUCAACAAUGAGCCCUUCCCUGUCCACAAGGCCACUCUGGCCGCCUGCAGUGAUUACUUCCGCGCGAUGUUCACGGGGGGGAUGCGGGAAGCGAGCCAGGACGUGAUCGAGCUGAAGGGCCUGUCUGCCAAGGGCCUGAAGCGCAUCGUGGACUUCGCCUACAGCGCGGAGGUGACGUUGGACCUGGACUGUAUCCAGGACGUGCUGGGCGCCGCGGUCUUCCUGCAGAUGGAGCCGGUAGUGGAGCUGUGCCAGGAGUUCCUCAAGUCGGCCAUGAGUGUGGAGACCUGCCUGAACAUCGGGCAGAUGGCCACCACCUUCAGCCUGGCCUCGCUCAAGGAGUCCGUGGACUCCUUCACCUUCGCCCAUUUUCUGCAGAUCUCCGAGCAGGAGGACUUCCUGCACCUACCUCUGGAGCGGCUGAUCUUCUUCCUGCGCAGCAACCAGCUCAAGAACUGCGGGGAGAUCAACCUGUUCCGGGCGGCGGUGCGCUGGCUGCAGCACGACUCCUCGCGGCGGGACAGUGCCGGACCGCUCCUGGGGCACAUCCGCUUCCCGCUGAUGUCGCCGGCCGAGCUGGUGGACGGCGUGCAGUCGGUGCCGGUGAUGGUGGAGGACGGCGCCUGCCGUCGCUACCUCCUCGAGGCCUUCAACUACCGGCUCCUCCCGUUCCGCCAACAUCAGCUGCAGUCGCCGCGCACCGGCAUCCGCUCGGACACGGUGUCGCUUGCGGCCUUCGGCGGGACGCCGUACACCGACAACGACCGGGCGGUGAGCGGGAGGAUCUUCGCCUUGACUGUCGACACCACCUCCUCCUGUUCCUCCUCCUCCUCUCGCCAGUUCCGGGAGCUUCCGCCCAUGGAGACCAGCUGCAGCCACGUUUGCGUGGCCGUGCUGGACAACUUUGUGUACGUCACGGGCGGGCAGAGGCUGCAGUACCGGAGCGGGGAGGGCGCGGUGGACUCCUGCUCCCGCUACGACCCUCACCUCAACCAGUGGCUGCGACUCCGGCCCCUGAACGAGGCCCGGAUACAGUUCCAGUUGGACGCAGUGCAAGGGCGGCUCUACGCCACCGGGGGACGCAACCGCACGGGCAGCUUGGCCUCGGUCGAGUGUUACAGCCCCGGUCGGGACGAGUGGAGCCAAGUCAGGCCGUUGCUCAGGCGCACCUGGGGUCACGCCUCCACCCCGCUAGGGGGCAGGCUGUACCUGUCGGGGGGCUACGGGGUGACGGCCGAGGACAAGCGGGCUCUGUACUGCUACCUCCCCGGGGACGACGUCUGGCAAUGUAAGAGCCCCAUGAACGAGCCCAGGGUGCUCCACUGCAUGGCCAGUGCCAAGGGCCGGGUCUACUCGCUGGGCGGGCGGAUGGACCACGCUGACCGCUGCUUUGACGUCCUGCACACCGAGUACUACCUGCCCGAGACCGACCAAUGGACCAGUGUCUGCCCCAUGAGGGCCGGACAGUCGGAGGCCGGGUGCUGCGCCCUGGGAGGCAGGAUCUACGUGGUGGGCGGCUACAACUGGCACCUGAACAACGUGACCAGCAUCGUGCAGGUGUACAACGUGGAGGCCGACGAGUGGGAGAGGGACCUGCACUUCCCCGAGUCCUUCGCUGGGGUAGCCUGCGCCCCACUCGUUCUGCCUCAGACGUUCACACAGCGGUAG